AAAGGUGUAACUAUAAAACAGCUGGGAAAGUUUACCCAUUAUGUGAAUUUUAAAAUAAUUUACAAGCGAGUACACUUCGGCGCCCCGGGCAAGUACACGCAGUGGAUAUAUAUUCUAUAGUUCUUUAUGGCAUAUGAGAAAAUUUGUCAAACUGGCGCCUUGGCUGAUAAUUAAUUGCCAAGCUAAUGCGAAGGAAGGAAAAAAAUGCGAUACAUAACGCUCGGCCUUUUGAUCAUUACCGCAUCAACAAUCAAUGCCGUGAAGGACUUCGAGUCUUGUCCCACUAUUUGUGAAUGCUCAGAGUGGACAACUUACACUAUUUCGUGCUAUGACAUAGAUGUCAUUCCGGCUUUACCCUCCAGCACGGAGAACCUCUGGCUGCUGGAGACCCGACUGACUGCCAUCCAGCAAGAUGCCUUUGCAAACAUGGUCAACAUUUCUCGGAUACACAUAUCAGUGGAUGUCACCUUGAAGAGCCUCGACAGACAUUCCUUUUCUAAUCUAAUGAGGCUCAUCCACAUAGAAAUACGGAAUGCCAGGAGUUUGACGUAUGUACACCCAGAGGCCUUUAAGGACCUGCCAAAUCUGAAAUACUUGGGACUUCUCAACACGGGUCUCAUAGCUUUCCCCGACCUGACCAGGAUCCACUCUGAUUACACCGACUUCAUACUUGAAAUUGCUGAUCAUCCCUUCAUCACAGAAAUUCCGGCCAACUCCUUCCAUGGCAUCACCAGCGAUGCUCUGACAGUGAUGCUGUACAGCAAUGGUUUCACUGAGAUCCACCCUCAUGCCUUCAAUGGGACCAAACUGAACGCUGUAUACCUCCACAGAAACAAACACCUGGUCAGGAUAGACGAGAGAGUAUUUGCAGGUGCUAUCAGAGGCCCAACCCUGUUAGACGUCUCUCUGACGAGCGUGACCUCGCUUCCCACGAGAGGACUGGACUCGCUCAGGGAGCUCGCGGCCCGCGACACCUGGAGCCUCAAGAAGCUCCCGCCCAUCAAGGCCUUCCGUCACCUGACCAGCGCUGACCUCACCUACCCCAGCCACUGUUGCGGGUUCAAAGGCCUGAAGAGGAAACCGGGAGAUCUGGCAUACCUCUUCUGCAACUUCACCGUAUUGCACGACCAGCACCACAAGCGGUCAGUGAGCUUCUACCAAGCCCCCACCUUUCAGGAUUAUCCCAGGGAGGUGGGCGGGGACCCUGAUGACGAGGCCGUCCUGGCCGAACCCCCUGACCAAAGGCACUUCAGCGGGGGCCUGCACUACCACGCCUACUUCGGCAGGCGGGCUGACGACGGCGAGGUAGGCUUCGGCGAGACCCUGAAGAAUCCCCAGGAGGACCUGGGCUACGAUUUCUACAGCCGCUACGACUACGAGGUCUGCGACGAAGACAAGGAGGUGAUCUGUACCCCCGCCCCGGACGAGUUUAACCCCUGUGAGGACGUCAUGGGCUCCGUCUUCCUGCGCAUCUCCGUCUGGUUCGUGAGCCUGCUAGCCGUCCUGGGCAACCUGCUGGUCCUGCUCAUUCUCCUCAGCAGCCGCUACAAGCUGUCCGUCUCACGCUUCCUCAUGUGCAACCUGGCCUUCGCCGAUCUCUGCAUGGGUGUCUACCUGCUCCUCAUCGCCUCGGUGGACCAGCUGACCAGGUCCGAGUACUACAACCACGCCAUCGAUUGGCAGACGGGCCCGGGAUGCGGCGCCGCCGGCUUCUUCACCGUCUUCGCCAGCGAGCUGUCGGUCUACACGCUGACGGCCAUCACCCUGGAGCGCUGGCACGCCAUCACCUUCGCCAUGCGGCUGGACCGCAAGCUGCGGCUGGCCCACGCGGCGGCCGCCAUGCUGGCCGGCUGGCUCCUCUGCCUCCUCCUGGCUCUGCUCCCGCUGGCCGGCAUCAGCAGCUACCAGAAGGUCAGCAUAUGCCUUCCCAUGGACACCCAGUCCGCCACCGCCCGGGUGUACGUGGUCUCCGUGCUGGUCCUCAACAUCCUGGCCUUUGCGGUCAUCUGCGCCUGCUACGCCAAGAUCUACUGCGCCGUGCGCCGCCCCCACUGCCGCCCCAGCAACAAAGACGCCAACAUCGCCAAGCGCAUGGCUGUCCUCAUAUUCACUGACUUCCUGUGCGUGGCUCCCAUUUCCUUCUACGCCCUCUCGGCCGUGCUGAACCAGCCCCUGAUCACCGUCUCCAACUCCAAGAUCUUGCUGGUGCUCUUCUACCCGCUCAACUCCUGCGCCAACCCCUUCCUCUAUGCCAUCUUCACCAAGGCCUUCCGCGGCGACGUCUUCAUCCUGCUCAGCAAAAUGGGCUUCUGCCAGCACCGGGCGCAGGUGUUCCGAGGCCAGACUGUGUCCUCCAAGCACAGCAGCAUAGUGGGCCGGGGGGACCGGGACAGGAGGGACCCCCGCGAGACGCUCCUCAAACUGCAGGAGUGCUCCAAGCAUCCACCCACCACUCGCUACCCCCCGCCCCUAACCUGACAGUCUGACCCCUGGGACAGCCCACACGAUCCCCACUCCCCUCGCACCUCACAGAAGAGUUUAAUGUGUAAGUGUACCUUGCUUACAACAUGAAAUCCUAAAUUAAUUUUUUCUCAUAAGGAUGUUAAAAUUUAUCAUCCGUAUCAUCAUUAAAAGUAUAUUGCAAAAUAAAUUGUUGCAAUUCAGAUACAUACUGUUUUAUAUGCUAUUUUACCCAUGUACUGUAGAUUUCAAUUUCAGUUUCUACUAUAUGUCCAUUAAUCACAUACAUGAAAGAGUCAACAUACAUAUACAUUCUUUACAUUUGGGAUUAAACAAUUUUAACUUAAGGGACUCUUGUAUGUACUGUAUGGACUGAAACCACAGAACUGAGUGAAUUGCAUUUGGUCUAAGGUAAAAAUAUGAUACCAGUGAAUCCAAUUGCUUUGCUAACAGAGUAGCAUGAAUAAAAUAUGCCAUUAUUUUU